AUGAAAGCCAUGAUUGCAACUUUUCUGGCUCGUUGGUUCAGACCCUGGAUGGCCCAGCCAUCGGACGACCUAGAUGUGCCACCCCAGAAUGACCCUGUAGAGGUCGCAAUCUCUCUUAGCAAGGAAAUGGGUGACCUCUUUGAGGAAGUAGGAGAAGAAAAUGGCGGGCUUUCCGAGGAGGUCAAUGCACUGUCGAAGAACCUUCUGAAUGUCCACGAAUAUCUCGGUCGGAUUCAAGAAAGUGCAGACCCAGACCCUAGAAUUCGGGGUCUAGCGCUAGAUCUUCUUCGCGCACUGAGGUGGAUCAAGACGUGGCCAGACCGCUUCGAGGCAGUGUGGCCAGGAGAUGAAAAUCUACCAACGAUUGUGGAAGCCAUCGGGAGACACCAGCAGGGCGAUCCACAAGCAAGGAUCACUGAGUUUCUGGAGGAAGCGCCGAGAUUCCUUGUCUCGUCCCCCCUCAUCACCGCUCGUUCGAUCCUGGAGCUCGGCCAGUCCACUACACUUUCGGAUGAGAUAGCAAUUCUGAUGAGCGAUCGUGGGGCGUCGCAAGGAGACAGCAUUUCACGGGAUACGGCCUUCACAAGCAUUCUGUCAGCCCUCUGGGGUCUUUCAGUCUGCAAGGGCUGUGAGAGGUCCUCGACUGAGCAGGGCCACGUUGGCAUGCUGUACCUGGGCAGGCCCGAGCGAGAGGACGGUGCGAAGAGCAUGUUGGAUGUGCUCAUAUCUCCGCCUUCAUUGCAGUAUUGGCAGGAGUUUGGGUGUAUCACGUCCCAGGAAGAGAUUACCUUGGCCAGAGAGGCCCACCUUGCCAAGAUGGACGAGACCAACUUGUGUACGAAACUGGGUGAAGAGAACCAUGCUCGCCUGCUCUUGGUGCUCGAAGACGGCGGAUUCUCCAGGCACAUCUAUGGCUACCCAUUGCACCAUGAAGCCGCACCCGGCAGAGAGGUUCCCCUAAGCCGCGCUCUGGAAGAAUACAGGCUCGACAUUCCGCAGAAGAUUGCGCUGUGCCAUGCCGUCGCACGCGGGUUCUGGCAGUUGUAUGAGACGAAGAUGAUGCUGGCGAAGUGGUCCGAUACCACCAUCUGGUUCAGGUCAAACUCCGACGACCCGGCUGCCCCGCUGCCAUGCAAAGUCUUCAUCUCAAUCCCCUUCGCCCUCACUGAGCACGAGUUGGAGGAGUUUUCGACCACCGACCUAAUCCACCGAUGUCCCCGGAUCUUUUCGCUGGGGGUUCUGCUCCUAGAGAUCUGUCUGGGAAGGCCGAUUCAGACGCCUCAGCUCCAACAAGAUACGACGUUCUUCGUUCGUGAGAUGAACAAAACCUUUUGCACCACGUCGAAGCUCUUCGGCGAAUUCCAAGACGACAGCUGGACAGGGUACACGGGCAAAUUUGUCCUAAGCCAGGCCAUUGAUGCGUGCGUUCAGGGAAGCAUCUUCAAAUUUCACACCACCAUGGACAUCUUGCAGAGACGGAAGAUUCUGGAAGAAAAGGUUGUGAGGCCGCUGGAGUGGCUGGCGAGUUCACUACCCAGCAAUUAUAAGGGCAACAACCACUGCGAGAGAAAAGAUCAUUCGGAACCACCGCCGCCUUCCGACAGCCCAACUCUUGCCAACCCUAACCCUGCCGACCCUAGCCAGAGUGACAAUAGUGACAAUCCACCCCUAGUCUCUCAGCCCUCCGCUUCAUCUCAUGCUGGAGGUGUGCAGGAAUCUCAAAGUUGGAUGCAAAAACUGCGAGAUAUCAGUGUUGUGCGUCGAGACACUGCAAUGACACCCACCCGUGUGGCUGUGCUAGAUACCGGGUGCAACCUCGCGACGGCAUACUUUCAGGGUCAUGAGAUGCGACCAGCUCAGAUCAAGGGCUACAAAGAUUUUAUCACCGGUGCCGAGGGUACUCAGUCUAUGAGCGACUCAGACGGGCAUGGGACUUUCAUGGCUACUCUCGUGGCAGAAGUCACACUGUUCGCGGACAUUUUUGUGGCCAAAGUGGCAGAAGAUACGGACAUGCUCAGGAGCAGCCAGAAGAGAAUCGGCGAGGCCAUAAGAUGGGCGGCCAUCGAGAAUGGAUGCAGCAUCAUCUCGAUGUCUUUCGCAGUCGACGACGCUGGAGAAGUCAUUGAGAGAACCGUGAUGAAUAUGGUAUCAAUAAGACAAGGGAGGAUAAUCUUCCUCGCCGCCGCGGGCAACAACGGCCUCCAAGCAGCCCCAAACGUGCCCGCAAGGCUGGGGAAUGUGAUCUCGAUACGUUCGGCCGAUUUCAAGGGAACAGCCAGCCCCAACAACCCUCCGUUGAAGGUGCCUUACUCGGGGCUAUCAUUCACCGCGAUCGGCCAAGACGUACCAGAGAGGCUUUGUGAAUACAUGCCCCCUAAUCGUAGGACGGGCUCGUCGGUCGCUACGGCGGUAGCAGCGGGGAUCACUGCCCUUUUGCUUUCGUACGCUUAUGGAGAGACUGUUUCAUUCGAUUUCCGGAAAUUCGGACUCUGGAUUGUGCUGUAUCUGUCCAGACAACUUCUUUCUCCACAAUCGAUAUACGGACAAAGAAAGAGCCAACAAAUUCAAAAGGGCCGUGCGUGA